AUGGACGGCAGCCACGAACACCACGACGCUCCACCGUCUGCGUACGACGAUCCCCACCAUUCGCACCCUCCUGCCAAGCACGAGCACGACCACGAACACGGGCAUGAGCACGAGCACGAGCACGGACACAACGACCACGACCACUCUUCGCACUACCAGCCCCCACCCUCCUACUCUUCAUCGUCCAUGAGCUUCAGCACGCCCGUCCGCUCCUCCCAUGCAGAGGCUCAAGCCGCACUCGAGGCCGUCGCCGCCGCCGCAAGCGCUGGCAAGAUCCAGAUGACGCCAGACCACAACUCCUCCUCCACCGGCUCCAACAGCUACAUGACCACCCCCGCAACUGCCGCCGCCGCCGCCGCCGCUGCCGCUGCAGCUGCAGCUGCCGCCGUAUCGGGCUCCGAACCCGCUUCACCCGGCAAUCCAUCCUCGCCCUUUGGCACCCAUCUCGGUCGCAACAAGGCGUGCCAGAGCUGUCGCGCCCGCAAGCUCAAGUGCGACGGCCAGAAGCCCGUCUGCGGUCAGUGCGCCAAAGGCUGGCAGAUCAAGUUCCGCAUGGCUCAGAACAAGGCCAAGAACAAGAAGAAGGCUCAGGACCCCGCCGUCCGCGCAGAGCUCGAAAGCCUCCCCGAAACCAUGCCUCCGUGCGUCUACCUCCCCAUCACCCAACGCACCUCCAGCCGCUCCGCACGCCCCUCCCUCUCGGGCCAGGAUCCGGACAGCUCCGUCGCGCCAGAUACCCCGCAGCCCUCCGGCGCUGCCCCGCCCAUGGACGCAUCGCCCAUGCCGGCAGCCGCCAAGAAGCGCAAACGCGCCGACGACGCCUCCGACGAACACGUGCUACAGAUGCAGCAGGAGAUCCACCACCUCAAGCAGCGCCUCGCACAGGUCACCGGCGUCUUUAACGGCGCUCAACAGCCCCUCGAUCCUCAGCAGCAGGGCAAUCACCCUUCCGGCCGCCAUCCCUCCAAGGAUGAGCUCGCCAUCGCUCAUAUGCUCGCCACCAGCAUGCCCUCGGGCGAAGGGCCUUCGAGCGGUCCGGGUCUGCCUUUGACCUCUUCGUUCGACUACCAGCAAGCCGUGGCGGCGGUGGCUGCCAACGGCGGCCUCGGUGCAGCCGACGGCGCCAGCUUCGAUGUGCUGGAUCCCGCCCUGAGCGCACCCACCGCUCCGCUCCCUGGCACCGCCGCAGCCGCCUACCCGCAUGCCCAUGCCGCCGACGCACGCACCGAUCCGCGCAGCGCCGCACACAAGCACGCCAAGGUCACCGCCGUGCAGGACGAGAUGGACGAAGACGACCUCGCCAAUCCGCUGCUCGAGCUCAUGGUCACCAGCUGGCCCGCCGACUUCCCGCCGCCCAACCUCGUCAACCAGCUCGUCUCCACCUACUUUGAGAGGACCACCGCACAGUCGCUCUUCCUCCAUCCGUCUCGCUUCAUGGAGAACCUCUCGCACGGCCCCCAGCAUCCUCGCUUCCCCAGCUUCGGCCUCCUCCACGGCAUCUUUGCCAUGGCCUAUCCGCGCCUCCACGACUCCGAGGUGCACAGCGACACGUCGGGCCAAAACAUCUUCCUCGGCGCCGCCACGGGCGAAAAGCUCGCGAGUCUGCAGGCAGCCGCCUCCUUCCACGCCAAAAAGGCAAAGCACCUCGGCGAUCAGGCGUGCUCCCAGGGCAGGUUCGAGGAGGCUGCGCAGAUCCAGGCGCUCCUGUGCGCAUACUACUACCUCAACGAUCGCUCCAUCGAGGCGUGGUUCUCCGCAGGCAACAGCUGCUCGCUCCUCAAGGGCAUGGAGCUCAACCGGCUGCCGCCCAUCAAGUCGUACGCCUCCAACUACACCGCGCCCGGCAGGAAUCAGCCCAAGCCCGCCGUGUAUCGCGCCGUGGUCAAGGCGCCCGCCGCCACGCCGCUCGAGCACGAGGAGCGCAUCCGCCUCUUCUGGAACUGCUUCUACAGCGACCGCGCCGCGUGCUCCUCGACGCACUGGGCGGCGAGCAUCGACGACCUCGACAUCAAGACCGAGCUGCCCGGUGCGUUUGACGACUUUAUCAACGGCUCCUCCGACCUCGUCUAUCGCCCCAGGCAGACGCUCGAGUCGCCCGACCUCUUCACCGACGGCCACUACGACCCGGCCAUCCUGCAUCUCAAGGCGGCGAUCCUGCAUUCCAAGUGCGUGAGCCACAUGUCGAGGCUGCCCAUCGAUGCGAGCGUGCACGACGUGCUCAGUCCGGACUUUUACAAGCUCGACGGCUGGGUGACGGCGCUGCUGCAGAGCGUGCCGGGCAAGUGGCGCGAUCUGGCAUCGUUUGAUGCGACGCUGCGUGCGUCGUCCGGACACGACGAGAUGCCGUAUCUGAGCGAUGGCGUCAACUACCGGCCGCAGAAGCAGAUCAGUCUCAUGACGAACCAGCUGGUGCUGGCGCAUGCGCUCAUGUACGGCAGCUGCAUCUCGCUGCACGAGCCCGUGGCGCACCGCAUGCCCGACUCGGCGCGCAAGUCGGCGCAGGCGGCACAGAGCAUCAUCAAGAUCCUCAAGACGUUUAUCGCGGCGAGGGUGGAGCUGCUCCAGGUGAGCUCGCUCAUGACGCUCAUGAUUGUGCUGGCGGCGCGCUCGGUGACGCGCCAGUACAAGAAGAUGCGGCGCGAGGCGGGCAGCACGUACGUGCGGCUGCGCAAGACGCAGCCGGAGCUGGCGCAGCGCGUGGCCGAGGCGGGCUAUGCGGCGGGCGGCAUGUCGGCUGCAUCGCCGGCGUCGAGCAGCUCGCGCGGUGCCACGUACAAUGCGCUGGGCAUGGGCCUGGACACUUCGUCGUCCGAUCUGGCGGGCGAAGACGAGGCGGUGGACAGCAACAUCGCCACAUCCGAGAUCAACGAGAGUCUCGAGGAGGAGCUCGAGUUUGCGCUCGAUGUCGAUCCGGCGCUGCGUGCGCAGAUCGAUCCCGAGGGACAGCUGGCGUCGCUGCGCGACGAUCUCGAACUCAUCUUCUGGAGCCUGGUCAAGUACGGUCAGAUGUAUCCGCUCGGUGUGGGGCAGGCGAAAGUGGUGGCUCAGCUGCUGGGCAAGGACUACUCGAGCGAGCUCGAGCAGGCGGGGCUGUUCAGUCGGUCGGGAGGACCGAGUGUUGCGGGCAGCGCGAGCGAUGUUGGUAGCUGGGCCGAGAAGAGUCCGGCGCAGUUUGCGCAGCCCAUGCGACCGCCUGCUGCGCCGCAAGCUGCACCUCCGCCGGUUCCGCAGCAGGGGUAUGGAGGGGCAGCGCCUGGAUUUGCACGCGCGCCCGUGCAGGGUGCGCAGCCGUCGCUCUUCCAUCCCACCGAAGGCGGGUAUAGGCUCGGAAGCUUUUACCUCGACCGACCCCAGGUGUCGGACUACUACCCUGCGCACGCGGCGCACUUUGCUCCCACGCACAAGUAG